AACAUGCAUGCAAUGCUCAAUUAUUGUUAUAUUGAAAUAAUCUUGUUUACUCGUUAACAUGCAAUUAUAAUAUUAUUAUUACUUUAUUAAUAAGUUUAAAAAUAUACCCAAAUAGUUUUAUCUCAUUGUUAUAAGCAAUAUAGCAUUGGAUUUCCAUUUCGGAUUUCGGGAAAGCUGACCCGCAUGACGCGGAACGGACGGCGCAAACAGCCGCGCACUGUAGUGUAUACUAGUGUGCGGCAGUCCGGCGGAUAUUAUGAAAAUAAUAUUAUUACACUUCAUAUUAUAAACAUAAAAUUCGUAAUCAUAACCCAUGUGCAUGUGACAUUGUGACCGUUUAAGUUUUCAUUUGUUUUUUCCGAGUUUCUCUUGUUUGAAAUUGUUCAGUUAGGUAUUGUUUUUCUCUUUCAUUAAUUUUACCUAUACUUCACGUCUAUACGGAAAGAAAUGGAUUGCCAAAAUAGCUGUGAAUACUCAAUUUCUACAAUUAAUAGAAAGACACUAACCAAAAAACGUUGGGUGAUAGCUACAUUUCCUGACAGUCAGGAGUAUAGUGUCAUACCAACUAAUUGGGUUUUAAAAACUGUUGAUGGACAUGGCAAUGCAAUAGUCAAAUGUAUGUGGCCACCUGCUACAUUACAUGUUACAAGUGAUGUACUAAAAGAGGCUAUGGAACCAUUAGAUGAUUGGAAUACUUACCGAAUAAAAUUAUUUGAAAAUGGGAAAGAGUAUAGUGAUUUUGGUAAAGCGUGGUAUAGGCAUGGUGCAUUAACUGAAGAAUCAGCAUCCGAAAUUGAACAGCAAAAUUUAAAUAAAAAAAAUAAAAACAAAAGACUGUAUGGUCAGUCAUCAUCAAUGAUGUGUGGAGAUUCUGAUACUUCUAGUGAUGAAGGUAUUAACAUUAUUCAACAGAAAAAAAUAAAUAAAGGUCCACAAACUGGUAUAACAGAACAAACUGUUGUUAAUAACAUUUCUGAGCCUCAGUUUACUGAAUUAAAUAAUAUCAAUUUAAGACCUUCCACAAGCUCAGAGAAUGUAUCGUUGAAUAUGGCAAUAUCUCGCAGUUUUAACAUACCUGAGAGUGGCAGUACAUUACCUCAACAAACUCAAAUUAGCCCAAUACCACAUUCGGUAUACAAAUUAAAUUCAGUGGAUUGUUUGGAUAAAACUCAACCAGAAAUCAUUCAGAUAGAUAAACCAAAUACAAUUAUGGAAUUAUUAAAUUUAAUUUAUAUGGAGCAAAUUCAAAGUCGAAUUAAAUAUGAUCAUUUAUUGUCUAAACUUAAUAAUAUUGAAAGAGCUGUUAACAAAAUUGGAUUAAUAAACAACGCUUCAACUGUAUUACCCAAUUUCGAUGAUAAUUUUAUGUCAAAUUGGCCCAUGAACAAUGAGCAAAUGUUUCAACAUGUUUCAAACUGUUUGUUGGACGAUUCAUUUGUUUCAUUAGUGGAACAUUUUUUUAUAUCUAUUGGUGGGAACGCAGUUAAAGAUAACGUAAAGAGAGUUCUUGCAAAAACGUUUACUGAUGAGUUUGCCAUACGUUGUUCAUGGACAGGAAGAGGAAAAGAUAUUUCCACUAAAUUAUGUGAUUCUAAAAUUGUAGUUGUAUUAAAAAGGUGUAUAAAGAAAGGCCAAAAAGAUUAUAGUGAUGCUUUAUUUGAGUCAAUUUUAGCUGAUUGGUUCCGUUAUGCUACAACAAGAUACAAAAGAUCAUUAGAAUAAUAUUUCUAUCUUUUUAAUAAUAACUUUACAAUUAAUAUUUUAU